GAGCCAACGGCUCCCUUUUGUCCCCGCGCGGCCGCCGUAGCGCCCGCCCGCGUCCCGUCGUGUUGCUAUGGCGGCGGGCCGGCAGCGGCGGCGCUGAUCUGGGCGGGAAACGGCGCGGCAGUGGCCCUUCCUGACGCCGUCAUGGAGGACGAGCUCUACCUCGAGAACAUCGACGAGUUCGUCACCGACCAGAACCGCAUCGUAACAUACAAAUGGCUAAGCUAUACUCUGGGGGUUCACGUCAACCAGGCUAAACAGAUGUUGUAUGAUUACGUAGAAAGGAAACGAAAGGAGAAUUCGGGAGCUCAGCUUCAUGUCACCUAUUUAGUUGCAGGAAAUCUCAUUCAGAAUGGACAUAUUUGCCACAAGGUUGCAGUAGUGAGAGAGGAUAAACUGGAAGCAAUGAAGUCUAAACUAGCCACGAUUGCGAGUGUGCAUGUCUACAGCAUUCAGAAAGCCUUGCUCAAGGACAGUGGGCCGCUCUACAACACGGAUUAUGAUAUUGUCAAAACAAACCUGCACAACUGCAGCAAGUUUAGUGCCAUUCAGUGUGCCGCCGCGGUCCCCAGGGCGUCAGCCGAAGUUUCUCAAACACAGACGUCUGCACAGGCUGGUUCCCAGACACCAAGUGACACGAACGCUGUCAGUGCGCCUUUGGUCAAUGGUCACGGGCCAUCGACUGCUAAACAGACCUCGCAGCAGCCCAAAGGGAUCAUGGGAAUGUUUGCAGCAAAAUCGGCUUCCAAACCCCAGGACACAAAUAAAGAAACUAAAGCAGAGGCUAAGGAGGCCCCAGGUGUGUCUGCAGCAAGCAGCAAACCACCAGCAAAGGUCAACAUAAUGAACAAUUUCUUUGGAAAAGCUGCCAUGAAUAAACUCAGAGUCAAUUCUGUGCCUGAGCAGCCAAAGGAAGAAAAAGAAGUAGUCAAGCCUUCAGUGUCUGUAGCAGAACCAGAAUCACCCCCCAAUACCGUAGCAGAGAAACCUGGGAGGAAAACAGAGUCUGCUAAAAUUCAACAAAAGGACAAAAAAAGUAGAAUGAAGAGGGUGGACAAGUCAGAUAACGAGGAGGAAAGAGAGCCUGAAAAUCUAAAGAAAAAGAGGAAGCGAAUCAAACAACUUCAGUCCGACAGUAGCGACGACGAAGAUGUCCCACCAUCUUCCACACCUGAGGAAGUGAAAGCUCUGUCUCCACCUCCCGUACCUGCACCGAAGACUGAACUGGAGCCUGUAUCCAGUGAGGUUUCAGCUGGAGGGAGGAAGAGGAAACGGAAGCGUGUGCUGAAAUCCAAAAUGUUUGUUGAUGAAGAAGAAGGCUGCAUGGUGACUGAGAAGGUUUACGAGAGUGAAUCUUGUACAGAUAGCGAGGAUGACUUUGCAAAGUCCAAGCCACCAGCUGCAUACAGACAGCCUGCACCCCCUGUGAAGAAGGAACCAAAGGAGGAGAGGAAGAACCUAAAGAAGGGGGCAGCCACCACCACCAAAGCCAAUAAACAGGUCUCCAUCAUGGGUUUCUUUCAGAAGAAAUGAACAGGGUCUUUCCCCUGGUCCCCUUGGCAGCUUGGAGAAGUUACUCUUUGUGUAGCUUUCUGAAAGCUGCUGUGUUGGAGGAGAACAAUAUGCAAUCGUCUGUUACGUAAGAUAUUUUGCUUACUGUGUAAGUAAGCCCUUUGGACUAGAUUUUGUAUGGGAGAAGUUUUAUCUGUUAAUGCAAUAAUUUGUCUUCUAUACUAAGCUGUACAGAAACCUCCAGCUAGAAGCAAAACCUAGAGGAACUCUUGGAAGACUGUCAAUCUAGUCACAUGAAAUUUUAUUUUUUUAAUAUGGCCUUUUACCUGUUUGGUGUUGAAGGCCCAAUCCAUGAGUGGUAGAUGGACUAAAUUAGGACUCGAGUUGUGGCAUGUUCUGUGUUGUUUGUUUUGUCACUUUUUCCUCCCUUUACACCUCCCAGCUCUCCAGAUUGAUCUAAAUGUUCACACUGGUUAGAGGCUGUAGUUUAACAGGUCUUCAGGCACACACACAAAUACCAGACAUCUGCUUCAACUUUAACUGAAUGAAAUGGACUUGAUUUUCCCCAUAAGACUGGUAAAUAGUUUUUCCUGUGCCUUUCAUAAUCUUUUUUUGGACAGAGCAAUGCAUAUAAAACUCUCUUACUCCUUUCUUCCUUGAAUGCAUCCUCUGUAAAACACUCAGAUGCCUAAUUCUAGACUGGGACGCUGUUGGUGCUCUGUCUUUGCAAAAACAUCAUUAAGGCUUCCCACACAAUUGGCUCCAGUGUAACUGGGGGAAGGCCUUCACUGUUAUUGAGAAAGCAAUCGUAUCUUUAACCUUGAAAGUUAAUGAGUCAAAGGGAAGGGUGUUUAGAGGACUUUUCUGAUAACGCCAGUCAUGUACCUGCUGUCAUUGGCUGUGAAGAAUUGCACAGCUGCUGCUUGUUGGUGGUGAUUGUAGCUUGCAUAAAGUUUUUGCAGGCAUAAACCAGACGACAAAACAGUUGUUUUCUAGGACAUCUAGUCAUCUGCCUAUUGAAGGAAGUGUGUCACAGCGAAUGAGGAGGAAUGAAAUAUUAAAGAUGAAUGAAGUAGUGCAGUCCAGUAAAUAAGAAGUGAUUUGUCAUUUUGGAUGCCUGUUUUCUGGUGCUAAAUUUGCUAAAUUUGAUACAUAUGAGGCCUGGUUUUCCAGAGGAUGGAUGCUUGGAGUUUCUGAAGUUUGGCCUGUUAAGGUCUCUCAAAUGGGCAACUGAUGUCAUCAGUGACUGUUUCUGGGUGCUUUUAGACCAACAUAUAAAAAUUGUUACUGAUCUAGAAACUGCGGUUGGUGCAAAGGUGGGUGAAGUCUGAAGAGUGUGAAGCAAGGAAGAAAUGCCUUCAGGAGCCCACCUGAAAGUAUUCUGACAUGUGGGCAAUAAAAGAGCCAGCAAACUGAUUACAGUUGCUGACUCACAAAUUUGAACACACCCCUAAUAGUGAUGAACAGUUGUUUCAGUUAAAUUUAAGUCACAUUGUCCUUGCAUUCAUAGCAUAUGUGAGAGCACCUACUUAAAGCAUCAGUGUCUCUGCCUUUCUGCCCAUGCUUGUGUCCUAGCUGGACAGAUACAGCCGCUGGCUGAAUGGGUCAGCACAGUUAAUGGUGUAGUGUUCAAGGGUAGCCUCAUCAGUGAGCACACCCCGUGUUAAGAACUUAAACCUUGGACUUUUCCUCUUGGGGGGACUGUAGGAAAAAUAAGAGGAGAAUGAGAGAGGUAAGGCAAAGAGUUGGCACCAUAUCCACAGCCAUCCAAAACCAAGCUGAAAAGGCUUUGAUGGUCCUUCUCAGGGUAUGCGUUAGUGAUGUGGGGAGCAGGGAUCCAUUGGGAAAGAGUGAAAAAUCUUGGUUUAACUUCUAUAAAGAACAUUGUAUCUGUCCCAGAAAAAUAGCACGCUGGUGUUUCUGUUGGUAGAGUUGGGAAUAUAAUUUGAAAAGUAAUGUUAUAUAAUGAAACCUAUUAAAUAGAGAUUUUCUUUUGUCUUUGCUAUUCAUGGAAAGAUGUGCUACAUCCUGACUUCCAAAAGUUGCUGUCAUAUUUGACUACAUGGAAGAAUAUCACUGUACUGAAGUGAUUAAAGACCUUCCAUCAAAAACGUGGAUGGAAACAUUAAACUGAUCAUUUUAAGGAA